GGGGGCAGGCCUGGCCCGGGCGGGAGGGAGAGCGACCGACCAUGGCGACGGGUGGUGGCGGGGACAGGCCCGGGCUCGGGCUCGGACUCGGGCCGGGUGCCCACGCGCAGGUGCAGAGUGAGAACAAGAGGACAAAGAAGCAGGCUGAGGCAGUGGAGAAAAAGGGACCAUAUAUCAUGAACACAGCUCCCACCAUUCAGGCCAAACUGCAGAAGCACCGGGAACUGGCAAAGGCAGUGCUGCGGAGGAAAGGCAUUCUGGGAGGAGCUACUCUGCAGCAACCAAAGCAAGCCUCAAAAAGGUCAGUGAAGUUUAACAAGGGUUAUGCUGCUCUGAGCCAGACAGCAGAUGAAACUCUGGUGUCCCUUGAGUCAGACAGUGAUGGGGAGCUGGAAUCAAGAGGUUCCUCCGGUUACUCUUCUGCUGAGCAGGUGAACCAGGAUCUGAACCGUCAGCUGCUGCAGGAUGGGUACCACCUUGAUGAGAUCCCAGAUGAUGAGGACCUAGAUCUCAUUCCUCCCAAGCCUGUUGCCUCAACUUGUCCCUGUUGCUUUGGGGAAUCUCUGCCCUGCACGAUCCAGUAGACUGUUCAGCAGGGGUUGCACACAGUACAGGUCAAGGGCCAGGACCUUCUACCUUUUUAUCUUGGGACAUUUGGAUGCCUCAUAGAGGUGAACGUGUCCAGCACUGAACUUAGGCAUUAGCUGAGUUGGACUCAGUGACUGGGGAACUGAAUGCUGCCAAUGCUGCACUAUUGCACCUGUUCUAUAUGAGCAGCAGAAAUCGCUUAUCCCAAAGCUACACUUUGUUACAUAUAGUGAUAUAAUAUAUUGAUAUGAUGUGCAGACAUCCAAGCUGCCUGUGUGCACCUGGUCACCUCCUUGGAGCCACGGAGAUGUGCUUUGUGCUGGCUGGCAGGGAAGGAAGAAGAAGUCAGAACCUGGGUGCUGGUGCUCUCAUUUUAAAGGUGAACUCCAAAGUCAUUUGUAAAGGGGAAAAUUAAGGUUUUAUGUUGGUAACAACAACCUGUCUAGCAUAAAACCCAGCAAGUUAGUGCCCUUCUGUGUGGCUGCAAACACUAUUUUCCUCUUUGCAGUCUUCUGAGCUUGAAGUUUAGGGUCUGCUGUUUGUCCUGUAGUGAUCCUUAAGGCGCAGCUUUCUGCAUGCUGCCUUGGAUGGCUUCCAUGUUCUUAUGGGGAAUGCUUCAUUUUCGGAACUGAGAACAUGGCAGAUAAAUGUGGUAACUUGCUUCCAUGUUGAAAGAAGCAGUUCUGAAAGGCUUGCGAAGGUUUGGUUCACUAGUUGUUGGUUCCCCGAAGAAGUACCUUGCUUUCCUCCUUUGAGGUUCAUCUUUAACUAGUAGAGUUUGAAUUAACUGAAGGGAGAUUUUGGAUGGUAUUGGAGCAGGCUUCUUCCGGCAUUGAUACCAGGCAUUACAUGUUUUUGGGUGCAUCUGAUACACAAGGCCUUGGGCUUUCCUUCACACCUCUGUACAAGUGAUCUCACAACCUGUUCUGUAUUUAUUUUAGUGUUUGUCCCUCCUGCCUGGAAGGCUGGGGACCUUCUAGGACAGAGAGGUCAAUAUAAGGCUAUAGCUGGGAGCUAGAAAUCUGGGUUGCAGCGAGGUAUCAGUAAAAGGGAAGGGCUGCUUUAUGACUAUCUGUAGAAUAAUGUAUGUAAUACAUUAUAACUGCUGCUGUUUUUUGUUUGGACUGUUUUUUGUUUGGACUGGGGGCUGCACACUGAUGAGAACCAAAGCUUGCUACCCCUUGGGAGUACUGAAGGAGGCACUGGCUGGUGUUGAAAUGAGGGUAGAGCAAGUAUGACCAGGACUGUGAGCUUCUUAGAGGGGUUAUGUCUGCUGUGUUCAUUAUCUUGUUGCCUGCUUCAUGUCCCACACCUCAGCAAUUAUUAAGUACAUCACUGACUUGUAGUUGUCUGAUCAACUCAGUAGCACCUGGUAUUACAGCAGCCCUUUCUGAUAUCUCUGUCUUUUCUUUAGUGGUGGGUGUCUGGCAGACAGCUCUGCUGUGGAAGAGCUGAUCUUAGGACCAGGAUCUAGUUCUAAUUUAUUUGGCUAAUUAUUUUUAGUUAAACACUUGAAAACCAGAUUGGAAUCUUGUGCUCUGCUUGCUCAUACUGGUAGCUCUUCUUUGGCCUAUCACUUGACGCAAUUCUGGUUGCUGCUAGGCCUGGUUUUUUUUAUUUUUUGAGGAAGGAUGUACAUGAGCUGGACGGGCUGUUGAAACUGUCCUGAACUAUUACUUAUGCUGGGAUGGGAGCCUGGAGUGCUAUGACUCAGAGAACUGACUCUCACCAAAAGGACAAAAUUGGGAAGUUGUAAUAAAAUCAUGAUCUAAAACAACUCUAAAACAAAGUUGUACAUUGUUUUAAAAUGCUGUGGUUCCAAAGUAUCUUGACAUUCUGAUCUUCAACCCCCAGUGCUCCAGAGUUAUCUUCAGUCCAUCAUAAAUUGCUUAUUCUCUCGGUCAGAAGUAGUUAAAACUGACCUCCCUAGCAGGAAGUUACAAUGGUAAUUGUUUGUAGCAGAUGUGUUUCGUAGAGAGGGGUUGCUGAGGCAGAGCUUGGAGAUCUGUUUUGCUUAAGUUCUGUUUUCUUUGCUGGUUAAAAAGUGUCACUGAAAGGGGGAGGGAGGCUCGAGGAAUCGAGUCAGUACUGUUGAAGGCCUAGUCUUUCUCCCCCUAGCUUAUAUCAUUCAGUACUUGUCCAAAAUGCAGUGUCAGGAAUGAGGGGCUUCCAAGAUGCUGUUGGCUUCUGGUCACUAAAGAGAUUUCAGAGGGGCUGAGGAUAGAGUCUGUGACACUAGGAUUGCAGUGGAAAUAAAUAACACACUGGCUUGGAUGCCAGACUGACUGUUACAUCCUGAACAUAAUGGGGGCCACACGGACAGUGAGAGCAGGGUGGUUCAGUACUAAGAUCCUGGUCAGAACCAGUUGUCAAGGUCACAUGUCUGAUGAAGCUUAUUUACAUGUAAAGUGAUUUGAGUUUUCCUUUGCAGGUCUUUUCAAAGAAUGAUCCUGAUCCAACUCAUUAAUCUGUAUGGUGGUAGAAGGUUGGCCCUUAUGCAUACGCACGGGGAUGAGGCCACAACCUGGCUAAGCCUCUAGCUGGUGUCAGUGGCCCACUUUCCUGAUUCUGGCAAUAGAAUAGAGGAGCCUGUAAAAGUAGCAUUCCAUGGGGUAUGCUGAGUCCUGCAGAGCCCUGCUGUCAUGGUCUGCAUCCCCGUGCUAACUACAGCCAACAUGCAUGCCUCGUUCAGCACCAGUGAUGGGGUGAUUCUCAACCCAGGUGAGCUCUCAUCAGUGCAGUGGCUUGAAAUUUGUGAACAGGACACUUGCAGUGAGAACACAGCUUUCCCCUUGCCUGUGGACUUCACUUAACUAGAGUAAUAGUUGGAAGAGGAUACUAUAUUUUUUUCCUGCUAAGCCUUCAGGGCCUUAAUUCCAGUUCUUGCUGUGGGGAGUAGCUUUUUCAGUCAGUCAAGAGUGAUGGGGUUUAGCAGCUAGCUACUUUCAGGUCUUUUCUCAUGUGGUGCUUAAUGGUGCUUACUCAGCUACCAAGACAACAGCAAGGAGUCAGGGCAGCACAGAACCUCUCAAGAAGUGAACAGGUCAUUUUGUGUGGGGGCUUGGGGCAAGGAGUUGGUCUGGCAUAAAAUCAGAAAGCUGCCUUAAGUCAUCAUCCUGCUGCAUUAUGUGGAGGACAAUCAGCUUCCUGUAAAGAAAUCUAUUUAAUAUAAUGUCUUAGAGAGCUGAUAAUUAUAUAUAUAUUCCUAGUUCAAAAGAAGUGUUUAAUAAACUGGAUCUUGUGCUA